UUAACUAGUUUUUUACCUGCCAUGAUCAAGUGUUUAUCAGAGGAAGUGCAAGUGAAACUCCGUUCUGGUGUCGCUGUCAGCUCUAUCAGCCAAUGUGUUGAAGAACUUGCCCUCAAUAGCAUUGACGCUGAAGCAAAAUGUGUGGCUGUGAGAGUAAACAUGGAAACUUUCAAAGUUCAGGUUAUAGACAAUGGAUCCGGGAUAGAAAGGGAUGAUGUAGAGAGGGUGGGAAAACAAUAUUUCACCAGCAAGUGCAAAUCUGUACAAGACCUAGAGAACCCAAAGUUUUAUGGUUUCAGAGGGGAAGCACUAUCAAGUAUAGUAAAUAUGGCCAGUGCUGUGGAAAUUGCAUCCAAAACAAAUAAGACGGUGGAAACUUUUGUGAAACUGUUUCAGAAUGGGAAAGCCCUGGAAACCUGUGAAGCUGAGUUGACCAGGCCAAGUUCAGGGACAACAGUCACUAUUUUUAACCUAUUUUACCAGUUACCAGUAAGGAGGAAAUGCAUGGAUCCAAGAUUGGAGUUUGAAAAGGUUAGACAAAGGAUUGAAGCACUCUCACUCAUGCACCCAUCCAUAUCCUUCUCCUUGAGAAAUGAUAUUUCUGGUUCUAUGGUUCUUCAGCUUCCUAAAACCAAAGAUACAUGCUCUCGAUUUUGUCAGAUUCAUGGCUUGGGUAAGUCGCAAAAGUUAAGAGAAAUCAAUUUUAAACAUAAAGAAUUUGAACUAAAUGGAUAUAUCAGUUGUGAAGCACAUUACAAUAAAAAUUUGCAAUUUUUGUUUGUGAACAAAAGACUGGUUUUAAGGACAAGAUUGCAUAAACUCAUUGACUUUUUAUUAAGGAAAGAAAGUAUCAUUUGUAGACCAAAGGGUGGUCCUGCAAGUAAGCAAAUGACUUCAAGCCCUCCUAGGCAUCGGUCAAACUCAGAACUUCAUGGCAUCUAUGUAAUCAAUGUCAAAUGCCAAUUUUGUGAAUAUGAUGUAUGCCUAGAUCCAGCAAAAACUCUAAUUGAAUUUAGGAACUGGGAUACUGUCUUGGUUUGUAUUCAGGAAGGGAUAAAAUGUUUUUUAAAACAAGAACACUUAUUUAUAGAAUUGUCAGGUGAUGACAUUAAAGAAUUUAAUGAAGACAGUGACUUGACUUUAUUCAAUGCUAUUCUUCAGCCUGCAAUCUCUGAUGAAAAAUGUGUCCAAAACAAUUUUCAAGAGGCAUAUGAAAAUAUGGAUUCAUAUGAAAUAUUUAAUAUGAAAUCUAAAACUGUGAAAAGAAAAGCUGUUGUGGAAGAUAUUUCUUUGAAGACUUUUAGGACUGAAGAAGACAUCAAACACAUAAAAGACUGCCAAGUGUUGACCAAUAGUGACCCAAAUGAAAUGUGCAUUAAUGAUAUGAUAGAGUUAUCUGAACCUUGUCAAGAUAGCACCUACUCAAAACCAAAUGUUUUAGUACAACAGGAAGCCAAAAUCACAGAUUCUGAAAAAAAUAAUACUAAAAAUAUUUGUUUAGAACCUGAAUGUUCAUCAAAUCACCAUGGAGCCAGUUCAGAAGUGUUAAAGAGUUCUUUUCAAAUUCCACAUCACCUUGAGGCCAAUGGAGAAAAUCCAUGUCUACAAAAGGAAAAGAUCAAUGAUAAUGGAAUAGUUGUCAACAGUGUUUGUGAGGGACAACAGAGACUUAAAGAUAUCCCUGAAAUGGCAUGCGAACAUACACCUUUUGGGAGAAUACUAUUGGAGACAUGUGAUACACUUAAAGAAGAUGAAGGAACAAAGAAAGAAUCUGAUUGUAAUAGGGGAAAAACAAUUUUCAGUUAUGGAAAAGUUCAGUUAUGCUCCACUGGCUUUAUAACUCAUGUGAUGCAAACCCAACAAUCGAAAACAUCUGAAAUGGACUUUACCUUAAAAAAUAAUUUUCAACCUGGACCUAUUAGUGCCAGGGAAAUAUUUGGAAACAAAACCCAAAGUUCAGUUGAGACCCCAAACAUAGACUUAAAUACUAAUUUAAGUGAAGAAUCUGCUAAAUCAGUAAAACAGAAUUUUUGCUUACCAAAUAUAAAAGCUGGGCCAAAAAGCAAAACCAUAGGAAUCUGUAAAAAUGAGGCAUUUUUUCUUAAGAAAAGCAGUAAGCAAACACAUACAAGUACCUUGUUACCUAAUGCUUCCUUAACUUUUCCUUGGAAUACACACACUUCAAAUAAUGGGAAGAACACAGAAAAACUGACUGGUUCUAAACCCUUUCCUCAUAAGAAACUAAACUUGUUUUCACAACCAGUGUCUUUAGAAAAGUUUAAGAGACAAUAUAAGAAGGUCGAGAGUCCUAUGCCUACAAGAAUUCAGAAUAUUAGUAAUGAUUUUGAACUAACUACCAAUAAUGGUUCCCAAGUUGAACUUGAUAUUUCUCAGAGAGGGAAUAGCCACUUAGACCAUUUCAAUAUUUGUGAAAUUCCACCCAUAAAUAAUAGUGAAUCCAAUGUACGUAACCAACCAGAUAAUCACAUCCCUUCAGAACAAUUUCGAAUUUCUAAGAAAAAAGAGAUAUUGGAGCAACAGAAUGCCAGUGUGACAGAAAAUCCUAUAACACUGACUGACUAUUCUGAGUUUAACAGAAAACCUUUAAAUGUUAAUAAGCCAUUAGGAUCAUUAGCAUCUAAACUAUCCAGAAUGAAAGGUCACAACAAAGAAACUGUAAUUACUGAAAGUAUAGAACAUUCUAAUGACUCUGGCUCCAGUAUGAAAGACAAUAGUUUGUGUAGUGUGUUAGCCCAGGAUUCUCACGAGUUAUCUCAUAACAUACAUAAAAUAACAGAAGAUAGUAUCCACCUUCCAGAUUCAGAAACUGCUGUGCAAGAUAAUACCUGUAACAAAAAUACAAAUUCAGCUUUUAGAAACCAAUCAUUAUUAAUUAGCACAACAGAGGAUUAUCCAAUGAAAUAUAAUGUUCCUUUGAUGUUAUCCAGAAACACAGCUUUUGAAGUCUGUGAAGUCCCAAAUAACCCCCUUUUAUCUUCAGAACAGCAGUUGGAAACAGCCAACCCUUCCAGCACAGCUUUAAUAAGUCAUGUAGACAUUUCAACAAAUGAUCAAACUGCAGCUUGUUUUCAGAAAGAGAAUAGUGGGACAAGAAUUUCUAAGGAUGAAGAGUCUAUGGCACAGUCCUUUGAUUGGCAAGCACAUUUUGAUGUGUCUUUGGGUAGAAUGGUCUAUGUCAACAAAAUUACUGGACUAAGCACAUUCAGUGCCCCCCAGGAGGAAAAUUUGGCCAGUUGUACAAAAGACCUGACAACCAUGGCUGUCAGUGUUGGCUUCAGAGAUGGAUUUCAGUACAGGUGCUAUCCAUUUAGAAGUAAGCUUGUCCUUCCCUUCCUUCGUAGAACUAGAGAAGAAAGGACCAUGAUAAGACAGGAAUACAGAGAUACUGUGGAUGAAGCUAUUGGUACUGAUUGUCUCCAGACUUUGUUUUCAGAGUGGGAAAAUCCAGUGUUUGCUCGAUAUCCAGAGGUUGCUCUUGAUGUGAGUAAUGAACAAGCUGAGAGUCUGACAGUAAAAAUCCAUAACAUUUUGUAUCCCUAUCGUUUUACCAAAGAGAUGGUUCAUUCAAUGCAGGUUCUCCAGCAAGUGGAUAAUAAGUUUAUUGCGUGUUUAAUGAGUACAAAGCAGGAGGAGAAUGGCAAGGCAGGUGGAAACCUGCUUGUGUUGGUAGAUCAGCAUGCUGCCCAUGAGCGGAUCCGCUUAGAGCAACUUAUUUGUGAUUCCUAUGAGAAGGAGCAGCCAAAAAGCUUUCACCGCAAGAAAUUGCUGUCUUCUACCAUCUACCCGCCAAUGAAAGUCACGGUGACAGAGGAACAGAGGAGGCUUUUACAGUGUUACCACAAGGCUCUGGAAGAUUUGGGCCUAAAAUUAAUAUUUCCAGAUCCUCCCAGUUCCCAUAUUCUUGUGGGAGAGGUACCACUCUGCUUUGUAGAAAGAGAAGCCAAUGAAGUCCGGAGGGGAAGACCUACUGUGACAAAAAGUAUCCUAGAGGAAUUUAUUCGAGAACAAGUAGAGCUGCUUCAGACCACAGGAGGAGCUCAAGGGACUUUGCCACUUACCAUCCAGAAGUUGUUAGCAUCCCAGGCCUGUCAUGGAGCUAUUAAGUUUAAUGACAGCCUGAGCCUAGAAGAGAGUUGUAGACUUAUAGAGGCUCUGUCUUGGUGCCAGCUGCCUUUCCAGUGUGCUCAUGGGAGACCUUCAAUGCUGCCAUUAGCAGACAUAAACCAUUUGGAACAGGAGAAACAGAAUUCUAAACCCAACCUUGCUAAACUUUGCAAAAUGGCCCAGGCCUGGCAUUUGUUCAAGAAAGCAGAGGCUCAUGAUGAAAAGCAAAACAAAGGUUGAACCAUUUUGUGAACUUCCAGAAAGACAGGACUCUCCAGAAAAACCCCACACCUGUGAGAAGAUGAAGGGAUAUUUGCUGAAUAGAGCUGCAGGAUGAAUCAUUGUGGUUUGUGGUGCUUUCUUCAACAAGCCUAAUGCACAGAAUUGGCUUCAAAAGCAUAGCAUCCUUUCUUGAGCACCUUCAUAGGAAACUGCCACAUAAUAAUUUAAAUCUGAAAACUGUAUAAGGGACAUGCAUAAUAUAUGCAUUUAUAUGACUCAAGAGGUUGAAAAUAUCUUUACAUAUCUAUUUAUAAUUCAUUUUGGAGUAAAAUUUGAUAAUUGAUUUUUUAAAA